AUGCACAAAUUCUUCAAAAACACCUGGCUAAAUUUUGAAGUCAUCCGAAUACUGGGAACAGCCCCCAACGGUGGAGCUGAGCUUUGCGAAGUCCUCCAGGCCGUAUCUUCCAUCAAAGAAGGCGACGCGGAAUCCUGGCGCGACGCAUGGAGAACACAAGCUGAAAGAGCUGAAGCGACAGCGAUUCGAUGUGUUGAAGCUGGGAAUCGAGAAUUGGCGAAACGAGCCUUUUUGAGAGCAUCGAAUUACACGAGGGCGAGUGGGUAUAUGUUCGUUGGGUCUACGCCUUCGAAGCAAGAUCCUCGAUGUCUUGGAAUCGCCGAAAAAGGUGUAGAGUUGUUUAAAAGGGGCGUGGGAUUGUUGGAGGGCGAGGUUAAGUUUCUGGAUAUUCCGUAUCCCGGAGGGGUGGAUUUGAAAGGCUAUUUAUAUUUGCCACAUCCCUCGAAGCGAAUACCGGGAAAGAUUCCAAUCCUGAUCAAUUGCGGAGGUGCAGAUUCUACUCAAGAAGAACUGUUUUUCCUGAAUCCUGCCGCAGCCCCGGAUUUGGGAUAUGCGGCCCUGACAUUUGAUGGGCCAGGUCAGGGCAUGGCGUUGAGAAAACAUGGGCUUAAACUCCGUCCAGAUUGGGAAUAUGUAACUCGGCACGUCCUCGAAUAUCUAACAUCCUAUUCCUCGUCAAACCCCGAACUCGAACUCGAUCUCGACAGGAUCGCCGUCUCUGGCUCAGCGUUAGGUGGCCAUUUCGCUUUGCGAGUGGCUUCGGAUCCGAGAAUUAAAGCCUGUGUAGCCAUGGAUCCAUUAUAUGAUAUGUGGGAUUUCGGCACUCAGCAUACUUCACCUGCAUUCAUUAGUGCAUGGAUGAACGGCUGGAUCUCAAACGCAACAGUCGAUCGCCUGAUAAAUUUCGGCGUGAGUCUGUCCUUCCAAAUGAAAUGGGAGGUUUACCUCGCAGGGGCAUUUUGGCAGUUAGAUAGCCCAACCGACAUUCUUCUCGAGAUGAAAAAAUUCACGUUUAAAUUGCCCAACGGCAACUCGUUUCUAGACAGAGUUACAUGUCCGACAAUGAUUUCGGGAGCGGAAAAGUCUCUGUAUUUAGAUGUGGGCAGUCAUACUAUGAUGGUUUGGAAGGGGCUAUAUCAUAUUGGGGAGCGGGAUAAGGAGAUUUGGAUGGCUGCUAAACCGGCAGAUGGUGCACUGCAGGCUAAGGUUGGAGCCUUUGGGUUGAGCAAUGAAUAUACCUUUCGAUUUUUAGAUGAGAAGUUUGAGAUCGAGAGGGAGGUGUUGGGCGGGAAAUCUUAG